AUGAAUCUGACGACGAGGCUUGUAAAAGAGUGCGUGUUGUCUGGCCAAAAGCCGCGAGUGGGCAAACGCAUCGCGUGUAACGCAUGCGAAGACACCACCAGAUUCAUAACGCACCAAGUGCGCAUGGGGACGCCUGCCAUUGGGACGGUAGCGGGUCUUUGUGCGAACCAGUUCGACAAUUCAGGACAGGAGGCAGAGCACGUUGAGGCGAAGCGCAAGACAUUCCCAUUGAGUCGAGGAGCUGGCAGAGGGCAUGCGGUAGCAUACAGGCCUUUCAACAGGAAAGAGUUGAAUCUGGAUGAAGCCAAACACGUGUGUAAUAUGUUGGUGAUUAUGUUGGGCUUGAGUGACGUGGAGUUGGGGAAAAUUGUGCUUGCAUCUCCGCAGGUCAUCAGUCAAAGACUUCGCACAACUGAAGCAUGGAUCCAAAGCAUGAGGUUGUUGCUCAACCUGAGCAUUGCGGAACUAAAGAAGGUGGUCCUCUGGGCACCGAGAGUGCUGGGCCUAAGCUUCGAUGAGAACGUAAAGCCCUGGCUGCAGUCGCUGCGGGAGCUCCUCGGGCUGAGCGAUGCGGAGCUGAAGAAGCUGGUCCUCCGGGCGCCGGCUUUGCUGUGCCUAAGCAUCGAGGAGAACGUGAAGCCCUCGCUGCAGUCGCUGCGGGAGCUGCUCGGGCUGAGCGAUGCGGAGCUGAAGAAGGUGGUCCUCCGGUCGCCGACUGUGCUGGGCCUGAGCUUCGAGGAAAACGUGAAGCCUUCGCUGCAGUCGCUGCGGGAGCUUCUCGGGCUGAGCGAUGCGGAGCUGAAGAAGCUGGUCCUCGGGUGGUCCUCCGGGCGCCAGCCGUGCUGUGCUACAGCUUCGAAGAGAACGUGA